CUUACUUAUUUCGAGCGCGUGGUAUUUUAUGCCGCACGCUUUAUUUCGCCACUGGAAGUAAGUUAAAAGUGUUUUGCUGCCGAUUAGCAGUGCGUCUAGUACCAGAGCAAGUGCACCCAAGUCCCGGGAAUCCAAUAAGAUGUCUGAGGGCACUGGAAGCGAGAAUGCGCCCGGAGCAGAGGCGUCGGCGGAGGCAGCGACCGAGGCAGAGGCGGCGACGGAGGCAGCGCUGAUGGCAGAGGCCGUGGCGGUGGCUUACCAGAGCGAAGAUGAGGAGGAUCAGGAGCAGGAGGAGGAGCCAGCAGACCACCAGGAGGAGGAGCCAGUCGAGCAACAGGAUGGCGAGGCUGAGGGUGAGCCAGAGGCCGAGGAAGACGCCGACGGCGAUGGCGAGGGCGACGCCAUGAGCGUGGAAAACGCGGAAAACGAAAGCGACAGCGGUGGCAAUCCCGAGGAAGCUGCUGCCGCGGACCGGCGCCAGGCCACCAAGAAGGAGCUCACCCAGAUCAUCGACAAGUGGGAGCAGCAGCAGACCCAGAAUGGCUACGAUCCCGUGCCCACAUUGAGGAGCCUGGCGGAGAUCUUCGAGCGCGAGAAGGACGUGUACCGGCGGAAGGACCCGGAUCCUUUGGACUCGCGUCAUCCUUAUAGAGCCGAUCCCAGUUGCCAGUACGGCUUGCUGCUGAAAUUGCUCUUCCGCAAGGACACCUUUAUGAGCAAAUUACUCAACGAUUAUCUGCGAGAGAACUACUUCAGUCGUCAGAACGUGAGUCGCAGCUCUCUGGAACUGAACAUCCUGGCCUGCCGGCUCAUCCUGGAGAUCAUGCCAGGCAUGGAGACCUCAGCAGUGUUUCAGACCGCCGAGGGCGACGGAACCAUCAACCGCAUCUACUCCUGGGCGGAGGACAGCAUCGAACCACUCCAGAGCUACGCCACCGGGCUCCUGGCCGAGGCCAUGGAGGUGAGCGACAUUGCCAUCAAUUUCCGCGACCAGAACAUCCGCCUGGUGCCCAAGAUGAUCAAGCGGCUGCACAUGCUGCUGGCCAUCAGCAAGAGUCCGGACGCCAAUACCUCGCAGCACAACCAAUCGGCGGAUAGCAGUACGGCGGGAAUGCUCAGCUGGGUGGCCUGCGCCAGCAAUGCCUCCGCUCCCCAGUCGCCGCAGCACAACGGCAGUGGACUGGGAGCCACCUCCUCGCAGCACGGAGACGCCUCCAACAUGUCGAUUCUCUUCGAGAACAGCAGGGAUGCCUUCCCCGUCUCCCGCUACUACAAAAGGAUGUACAUCCCCUUGCAUCCGCCCACGGCGGACACCAGCCAAAUGCUAAUCAUGCGCUUCCUAACCAGCCUUGGCGAGUACCAGGAGUUCCUGGCCAUGGCCUUUGAAAACAAUGUGAUGCAGCUGAUCUUCGGCUACCUAGAGAAUUUGGAUCGCAGAGACACUUGCCUGGCCUACGAAGUUCUCAAGUAUCUGGCCUCCCUUCUUUGCCACAAGAAGUUUGCCUUGGAGUUUAUUUCGCACGGUGGACUGGAGCUCCUUCUGAAGGUUCCGCGGCCAAGUUUGGCCACCACAGGGGUCUCCAUCGCCAUCUACUACCUGGCUUACUGUGAGGACGCCAUGGAGCGCAUAUGCAGUAUGCAACGUCCUCUCAUUUCGGAGCUGGUGCGCUAUGCUCUCUGGAUCCUGGGUCGCUGCCACGACUCCUCCAAGUGCCACGCCACCAUGUUCUUCAGUCUGAGCUUCCAGUUUAAGGUCAUAUUGGAGGAGUUUGAUGCCCAGGAUGGGUUGAGAAAGCUCUACAAUGUGAUCUCUGUGCUGAAGAUCCUGGAUCCGAGCCACAACGACAGCGACAACGACUCUGAUAUCAACGAAGACGUGGAAUGUGCUUCCCGACAAAUGGUGCGCCAUGUGUGUGUGGCCCUCAAGCGCUACAUGGAGGCGCACUUCUUCUACAAGUACAACAGCUUCCUGUGCCAGCACAACGCGGCCUCAUCGUCGCCCUCCUCCACGCACUACUUCAACCAGAAUCCCACCGUUGCGGCCAAGCUGACUUUCGAUCAGCUGCACGACCAGAUUCGCACGCUCCAGGAGCACACCUCCAUCCGGGCUCACUGGCAGCCGGUGGAUCAGCUGAUGAAGCUGGGAGGAAUCACCAUGCUCCUCAGGAUCAUCGCCUUCAGCUACGACUGGGUGAACAGUGGCCGCUCGGAGACGGUCCGCUCGGCCCUGGACGUCCUAAGUGUGUGCUGUAUUAUUCCACGGGUCUAUGUGGUGCUCUGCGAGCGACUGCUGAUGCUGGACAAGACCACCACCUCGGGAUUCUGCUCGGUUCUGGGCGCUGCUGCUGGAGAGAUCACCUCAGAUGCAGAGGUGAUCAAGUCCGCGCUGGCCGUGCUCUGCCAUUGCGUCUGCUCGCCCAUCAUCCGCAAGGAUAGCGGCACCAGCCUGAUCAAGUUCGGCAACUCCUCCAGGAAGAACAAGGCCAACCACAAGUACGCCGAGGAGCUGAUCGAGCGAGUUUGGGAGUCUGUGUGCUCUAACAAUGGCAUCGUGGUGCUGCUCUCGCUGAUGCAGACCAAGGGACCGAUUACGGAUGCGGACUGCAUCCGGGGAAUGGCCUGCCGUGCGCUGGCGGGACUAGCUCGCUCCGAUCGAGUCAGACAGAUCGUCAGCAAGCUGCCACUGUUCGCUGGCGGACAGCUGCAGACCCUGAUGCGCGAUCCCAUACUCCAGGAGAAGCGCGCCGAGCACGUGAUCUUCCAGAAGUACGCCUUGGAGCUGCUCGAACGGGUGUCGGGCAAAACCAAGCCGCUGAACAAUCCGCUGGAUCCGUCGCUCUCCAACAUGCACAAGGCCAAUGUGAUUGCCCAGACCCGCAUCCAGUACAACAAGCAGCAGCUGUAUCAGCUCAUUUUCGAGCACCUGGAGAGCAAUGGUCUUUCGCAGACGGCCCAAAUGCUGCAACGCGAAGUAGGUCUUCCGCUGCAGACGCCCACCACACGGAGCUUCCAUCAGUCGCCCUUCGAUUACAAAUCACUUCCCAGCGGGAGUAGCUCGCUGUCCAGAAACCGCCUGAGAAGCCGCAUGCAAGAUGUGAAUGCAGCGAUCAUGGGCAGCGGAGACCUGAACAGGAGCUUCGGCGAAGAUUCAGCCAUAGCUGCAGGAGCAGGCAGCAGCACUGCGGGAGAUGGAGUGAGCAUACCAAACUUUGGCUGCCUCAACACAACGCAGACUCCCAUCAAAAUUAGGAGAACGGACAGGAACUCGGUGAGCCGCUCGAUACAGAAGUCAUCGCUGGAGCCAGGUGGCAUGUCAGUGGGUCUGCCCGACGAUGGGCAGCUGCACCCCAAGAGGAUCACCCUCAACACCAUCGUCACUGAGUACCUCACCAACCAGCACUCGCUGUGCAACAACCCGGUGACCACCUGCCCGCAGUUCGACCUGUACGAACCGCACAAGUGUCCGGAUCCCAAGCCCAGUCGCCUCUUGAGCUCCAACUACAACCUGACCAGCCGGCAUGCGCGCACUCAAGCUGGUUUCAAUACCGGUCGUUUCGAUCGGCGCUAUGUGCACACGCACUUCUCCCCGUGGCGCAGCAUUCGAUCGGCGGACUACGAGGACCUGGAGUUCACCUGCUGCGACCUGGUGGGCAAGUACAUCAUCGUGGGCACGCAGCAGGGCGACGGACGAGUGUUCAACAUGAACGACGGCGUAGAGCAGUUCUUCUCCAACUGCCACAACUUCAGCGUGGAUGCCAUCAAGGCCAACAGAGCUGGAGAUCUGGUGAUCACGUCGAGCUUCUGGCGCACGCCCACCAGCAUCCUGUGGUCCAUUGCGGACGAUGAGUUCAAGUUAAAGCUGCGACUGCCCGACGUCACCUACUGUGAGUUUAGUCAGACGGCGCAGGAUCGCCUUCUGGGCACCCAAAAUGAGUGUUGCACACUCUUUGAUAUCAAUACUGGGUCCAAAGUGGCUUCUUUUACGCCUACCAUACCCAAUUUGUACACCAAAAACCGAGCCACUCUCUGCCGAACCGAUGAACUGAUUUUGUCUGAUGGCGUGCUGUGGGAUGUUCGUUCUGGAAAGGAGAUCCACAAGUUCGAGAAGUUCAACCAGUGCAUUUCGGGCGUCUUCCAUCCAAAUUGCCUGGAGAUCAUCGCCAACACCGAGGUGUGGGACCUGCGCACCUUCCACUUGCUGCAGACUGUGCCCGUGCUGGACCAGCGCAACUGCACCUUCUCCCCGAUGCACGUGAUCUACGGGGCCAGCCUGGGGGCGGACAGGGACCACGACAUGGAGACGACCACCUACGACACCAGUUUCAACGUGCUGGACGCCUACGACUACUCGAGCAUUGCGACCAUUGACGUGAAGCGCAAUAUUAACGAUUUGAGCGUUAGCGCCAAUGGGAGCCUGAUUGCCGUGGUCGAGGACUACAGCGGCUACGAGUCCAAGCAGGAGACCUACGUGAAGAUCUACGCGGUGGGCGUGAAGAAGAGCGAGCGCUCGGAAGAGGAAGAUGAUGAGGAGGUGCCCGAAUCUGAUGAGGACGGCUCGGAUACGGGCUCCGAGAACACUUUUGCUCUAGGUCCGAAUUUCAUGGGAUUUCCCCUGCUGCGCAACCUGGGACUCGGCUCGGACAACGACGAGGACGGAGAGCUGGAUGAGGACAACGACGAUGGGGAUCUGCUGGACUCCGACGACGACAUGGACGACGACGACGGAUCCGACAAUGGCGACGACGAGGGCGACUUCGAGGAUGUGCUCGAGUACUUCGACCGGAGCAGCUCAGACGAUUGAGCCCCUCCUACUCCACAUCAGCUCCUCCACCACCGCUCCAUCGAUCCACCGAUCCAUUGUUCUCCCACUGUGUCGUCUCGUCUCGUUCGAUCCUCUCCCUGUUGUCCGCCGUGCGCCUGGAGGGAUGAGAUACCAACCAUCGUCGAUAGUUUUAGUGCAUCUAGAUAUUAGGCUGUUACACCUACACUUUACACUGUUGUUUUUGAAUUUUGUACAAACCAUACGAAGCCAGCAAAUGAUUAUAAAUGGGAUCGCCGCAUGAGUACCGACUGUAAGAAUCAAAUCUGUAAAUUGUCCAACAAUUUCCACUGUACAAACCUAAAUAAGAAUCGUAUACUUUUGCUAUAAAGGAAUAAACGAUCGGUUAGCAUCAAAUCGUAGCAUCUAGGAACAAUUGAACCUGUUUUGUAUAAUUUUAAGCCCUAUUUUUGUAUCAGCCUAAGCUUUGCGGCGUUUAAUUAUCGGAAAAUAAUUAUAUAUUUCGUUUCAGAAAUUUGAAAAUUGUAA